ACAAGGCUAUAGAGACAGUAAUGAUUCGUUAGAUCACUCUAAAAUCAAACAAACACAGCACAUAACAGAUGUCACAGCUCAAACAUGAGUUCCCUGGAUAAUCAGAUGGAGCAGCCAAAGAAAAAUGAUGAGCUGAGGAUUGUUUUGGUUGGGAAGACUGGAGUUGGGAAGAGUGCAGUAGGAAACACCAUCUUGGGAGAAACCACUUUUACGUCUAAGUUAUCUUCCUCCUCUGUGACAUUGAAGUGUGACAAAAACAAAAGGAAUGUGGAUGGGCAAAUGGUUGCUGUCAUCGACACUCCAGGCUUGUUCGACACCCAAUCUACUCAAGAGGAGAUACUGAACGAGAUCAAAAUGUGCAUCAAUUUUGCUGCUCCUGGUCCCCAUGCGUUCCUGAUUGUGAUCCAGCUGGGUAGAUACACAAACGAGGAGAAAGAGGCGGUGAACAUCCUCCAGCAGAUCUUUGGCAAAGAGGCAGAAAAGUACACCAUAGUGCUUUUCACUCGUGAAGAUGAUCUAGAGGGAAAAAGUAUUGAAUCAUUCAUUAUGGGAAGUGAAGUCUGUGCAGAUUUAAAAACCUUGGUCUUUGAAGCAUGUCAUGGGAGAUAUCAUGUCUUCAACAACAGAGACCGCAAUAAUCACUCUCAGGUAUCUAAGCUGCUUGAGAAGAUCAACAACAUGACCAUAACGGAUGGAAGACGGCACUACUACACCAACAAAAUGUUCCAAGAGGCUGAGAGAGCGAUUGAGGAGGAGAAAGAUAGGAUUCUGAAAGAGAAAGCAGAGCAGACAAGGAGUGAAAUGAAAGCACUGGAAAUGAAAUAUGAAGGACCCGCUCUGGAGGAAGCGAAGAAGAAGUUGAUGCAAGAAACGGAGAACGAAGCAAGAUAUAUAGCUGAAAGAAGAAAUCGAGUUUUGAAAAUUGCAGGCGUCACUCUUGCUGGAGCGGCUUCUGUUGUAGCAGCUGUGGUUGCCCUCAGGAAAGGGACCUGUGGAAUACAAUGACAGACAACAGUUUUGCCAGACUUUUAGUGUUUGCUGAAAUGUUCAAACCAUAAUGAUUAGGGGGAGCACACAUUAUACAGAAACACACUUAUUUGGCAUAACAUGUACAUUUAAAUAUACUGACGUUUUUAAAACGCAUUUGAGGUGUUUGGUCUGAGGUACAGUUGAUCCUAGGCUAUGUAAUUGUAGCAUAAUAUCCUACUUUCUAAGAUUCACAGCUACUGUAUAUCCAUUUAUUAAAUACUUAUUGUUUUGUAAUUUUUCACUUUACAGUUUAAACCUGAAAGUUUUCCUUGAUAAAGUAUCAUUAAAUACAUGUUUUUAAAUGGUUGGAAGGACUUCAAUAUAGCCUAUUGCAUGCAAAAACAUGGUUUUAAAUAAAAGAUUCAGUGAACUGUGGAACUGUAAUAAAAUCAAAGCUAAGACAAAAAAAUGAUUGAAUUGAGUUUAUGGUUUGGAAAUAAUUUUGAAAUAGAAAUGGUGUUGAAUUUAAUAUGCAACAUACAACAAAAAUGUGCUGUGUUGUCAAUAAUCUACUUAAUAAAUUAAUGAAUAAACACCAAAAAUAAAAGUGAAAGGAGACUGAGAGGAUAUAAAUAAUGACAGUGAAUACCGGUGUUACAAAAAUAUGGCACUGAUCAGUAGCAGGAAAAUGUUUGGACUUAACACAGUUGUUCAUUCUGUCUAAAGCUAUAAUUCACAUUUCAGUAUUUCACUUCUGAACUCUUG